AGCGUCACCAAGGGCCUGUCGGAGGCCGCAGCGGCCGAGCGGCUGCUCCGGGACGGCCCCAACGAGCUGCGCCCCCCCCGCGGGACCCCCGAGUGUGUGAAGUUCGGUCGGCAGCUGGCGGGGGGGCUGCAGUGCCUCAUGUGGGUGGCGGCCGCCAUCUGCCUCAUCGCAUACGGGGUCCAGGAGGGAGAGGGGGACCGAGGGUCCUCCGACAACCUGUACCUGGCCAUCGCCCUCAUCGCCGUCGUGGUCGUCACCGGCUGCUUCGGGUACUACCAGGAGUUCAAGAGCACCAACAUCAUCGCCAGCUUCAAGAACCUGGUCCCGCAGCAAGCCACGGUGGUGCGGGACGGGGCCAAGCAGCAAAUCAACGCCAACGAGCUCGUGGUCGGGGACCUGGUGGAGAUCAAGGGGGGCGACCGAGUCCCCGCCGACAUCCGCGUCCUGGCGGCACAGGGCUGCAAGGUGGACAACUCGUCGCUGACGGGGGAGUCGGAGCCGCAGACACGCUCGCCCGAGUGCACCCAUGAGUCGCCCCUGGAGACACGGAACAUCGCCUUCUUCUCCACCAUGUGCCUCGAGGGUACGGCCACGGGGCUGGUGAUCUCC